AUGUCUGCCCAGUGGGUGAAAAGGCGUUCAUGGAUUCGGUCAGUGCCUCUCCUCGUCACUGUGCGAUGGCGGCCGACGGCAGAUGCCCACCCGGUUACCUGUGUCGAUUUUCACUCACCCGGCAUAGAUACUACUGCUGUGCCAGUAUUAGUGGAAACUAUCAUUACAACGAACACUUUCCAACGUUUCCCAUCCCUGCUUUGCAAACCGCCUCGAAACACCGCUCUUAGUGGCCUUUUUCAGAUUUAUGCCCUUCGGGACGAGCGCUCUUUCACUCUGCCGAUAUGCAUCUGCCACUGCAGGGCUACUGCUGCAGCCAAAAUCGUGGGUAGUGUUUUCUCUUUACUACGAUUUAUAGUGGUGCUGAAUCUUGCCAAUUUCCUAUUCAAUACAUCGAAACAAAGUACACUUCAGAUAAUAUCUAUUUGUCCUGGUGGAACGAAGUUCCACAUCGAUGAGAGGACACAGAUGCCGACGACGUGCUUAAGUGAAGGUUAUGGGUUCUGUCCACAGGGUUUCACGUGUCGGCAACAGCUUGAAACAACCAACCAUUUCUGUUGUGCUGUCGUAAACAAAGAGAUAGCGACCGACGGCUGUCCUCCUGGCCAUGUCGCCUACACAGUCAACAAUGAGGUGAAAAAUUGUGAUCCAUUUGACGUUAGUGACAGUUCUUGCCCAUACGACUACAGUUGUCAAUGGUCGGUAGUGAAUCAAAAUUAUCAAUGUUGCAGAAGCCAACUAUUUCCUCGAGUGAAACCAAAUUUAACUGAUGAUGGAUGUCCACGGAAACAAUUCGCUCUUCUUGACCGUGAGACAAAUGAAGCACGUCUGUGCACAGCAGGACAGGAAAACUCUUGUCCAACUGGUUUCUUCUGUCAAUUCUCGAGGAAGAAGUCGCAAUUCCAGUGUUGUGGUCAGAAUGGAGGCUGUCCUAUACGGCGAGCUGCCUACAUUGCUCUUGAUGGUAAUGCACAAGAAUGCGCGCCAGGAUCCAAUACGUGUGUGGACGGUUAUGAAUGUGUGAGAAGCGUCUACGAUAGCGACAAGAACAUCUGCUGCAGCAAGGAAGAUAACGAGUGUGAGAAAGGAGAGAAAAUGGUAGCUGGACGAUGUAUGCGGCAAGUGAAAGUGGGCGGUGUUUGCCGUCUGAGCGAGGAGUGCACAGGAGGCAGCAAAUGCAAGGCGAACACAUGCGUGUAA